AUGAUUUCCUUUCGCUUGCCAGAACUACCUUCAGAUUAUUUAGAACCUUCUGUAACCAAUGAAUCUCAUGAUACCAUCAUAGAAAUCAAUGAUCGAGCGUCCGGUGAUAUCAAGAUUUUCGAUGCGCAUUCGAGCGUGCUUUGCAGAAGAUGCGAAUACUUCAAGGUCGCUUUAUCGGAAAAUUGGGCAAGAAAAGUUGAUGAUAAGUUUAGACUAAGUUUGGAAGUUUCAUCCGAAGCGUUUAAAAUAAUAUUAAGAGGAAUUUGUAGCGGAACGAUUAAUUUGAAAAAAACGAACACGAGUAUUUUGAUGGAGUUAAUGCUGGCAUCUGAUAUUCUUCUCCUCCAUGAAUUUUUCAACUAUUUAAGAUCCAAAUUAGAUGAAAAAAGGAAUGAAAAAUAG